UCUGAUAAGUGGGCUGUGAGGGAAAGAGUUUAACAAGAUAAACAACAUUGAUAAUGUACAUUUAUCAGUGGCUUUAAUACAAGUUCAGUGUACAGUACAGUGGUUUAGCUUCACAUAUAUAUUGAUAUCAUAAUUGGAUCUCAAGUCUUAACAAGUUAUUAAGAUAUUAAGUGAAUGAUAGUGGCAGAUGGUUUACAAGCAUUAGCCACCAGAGAUACAGUAUACAUAUAUUAGUGUGAGGUGUACAGUACAGUACUAUAGUGUGCUCAUGGACUAAUGAAAAAUUAUUAUGAAAAUGAUUGUCAUUAAAAAUUAUUCUAUGUCUGUUUGUGUUAUAAGAUGGUUCAAGUAAAUUAGGGCAGUAGAUGAUGUCAUUAGAAAGUGUAUAUAUAUAGGAUUACCACCUCACAUGAAUACAGCACUGUACUUUAUUGUCAGGUACUGCACCACCACCACUCACUGACUUUACAUUAGAUGCACUACAUAUACUGUACAGUAUCAACUCAAGGUGCACAACAGCCACUCUUUACAUGAGAGUUAUCGUACCGGACUUAGCCAUUAUUUUUGGUACAUUUUUCACAAUUAACAAUUCUUCACUGUGGACUCCAUCUUAAAUACAGUACAGUAGUUACAUUUGAAAGUUAGUAUAUUUCUUGUUGUUUUAUGAUAUUAAGAAGGUUAAUUCUACUAUUUAUACUGUACAGUAUAUUAUCAUCCAUCUUGUGUUUUGAUAACCUCUCAGAGUACAGAUUAGUAUUUGCUUAAUGUUAUUUUACACACCUGUACCUGCACUUGUCCAUUGGGCUGUUUGAUCAAUCUCCUCCUAUUAUAUUCCUACUCUCUUGUACUCUAUGCUUUACACAUAUACAAUACAUAAAUUCAUUGUAUUUUGGUCCCAUUUUUUAUGAUUUUAUGAAUUAUUUCUGUUGUCUCAUCACAAUAUUUCUGUUGAGAGUCUUUGACAUUGAUCACAGUUGUCUCCAGUCUAAUAAGAAUUGUAAAAAUAUUAGUAAUACUACAUGUCUUUAUGGUAACAAUAUUGUAGGCAGUAUUACUUCACAUCACUGCUUUUGUUUUGAUGCCAUAGAAAGUUGAAUAUAUUUAUGGAAAUUACUUAGUUAUGAAGAUAGGCCUCUGAUGUAUUCUUUAUCUGACAUCGAUAAAAGUUGGGAGCCAUUUGGAGGCUGAAUCUGGAAGAAGUUUCCCUGUUCACUGUCUUACAAGUCAUCAUUGCUUACAACAGUAAUUGUAUUUUAUAAUGGAACACCGUGCAGAAGAGCAAUCAUUUCAUUACUCUGAAAGUUUUAAAGAACUGCAGAUAGAUUCUGACCUAGUUAAAAAUAUUAGAGCACAGAUAGCUGAGAUACCAUUAGAAUGUACUGUGUGUCACAAAGCUUUUACCCAAAAAGAAAACCUUAUUUCACACAUGAUACAUCACAGUGUAGAGAAACAGUUGCAGUGUUCAAAGUGCUUAAGAGAAUUUUCACAUGAAUUUGAUUUGGUAACACACAUGAAAUUUCAUACAGGAGAGAAACCAUUCCAGUGUCCAGAAUGUCUUCAAGACUUUUCAGAGAAAGAUAGUUUAAUAGGACACUUGAGAGCCCAUACAGGGGAGAAACCAUUCAAAUGUUCAGAGUGUUUUAAAGGUUUCUCAGACAAAUCUGCUCUAGUAACACACACAAGGAACCAUAACAGAGAGAAACCAUUUCAGUGUUCAGAAUGUCUUAAAAACUUUACACACAAAUAUCAUCUGGUAACACACACAAGAGUUCACACAGGAGAGAAGCCCUACCAGUGCUCUGAGUGUCACAAAGACUUCUCACAUAAAUCUAAUCUAAAAACACACAUGAAAGUUCAUACGGGAGAGAAGCCUUUCCAGUGUUCAGAAUGUCUCAAAGGUUUCUCACUCAAAGCUCAUCUUAUAUCACAUGUGAAAGUUCACACAGGUGAGAAACCAUUUCAGUGUUCAGAAUGUCUUAAAGACUUUUCAAAUAAAUCUAAUCUAGUAUUACAUAUGAGAGUUCAUACAGGAGAGAAACCCUUUCAGUGUUCCGAGUGUAUGAGAAAUUUUUCAAGUAGAUCUCAUUUAGUGAGACACAAGAACGUUCAUACGGGAGAGAAACCAUUCCAGUGUUCUGACUGUCUCAAAUACUUCUCACAAAAAUCUCAUUUAGUAAAACAUCAGAGAGUUCAUACUGGAGAGAAGCUGUUUCAUUGUUCAGAAUGUCUCAAAGACUUUCCUGAAAAGUCUAAUCUUGUUAAACAUAUGAAAAUUCAUACAAGAGGGAAACCAUCGUAGUUAUUUUUAGAAUAUCUGAUUUAUUAAUUUUUUUUAGAAAAUGCUUAAUAUAGAUUGAUAUACAGAUAAUUAGUUUAUAUAGAGUGAUAUAGCUAUAACUUAUGGUGAACUUGAUAAUUCUAUAGUACUGUAUGUCUGGGACAAUUGCCAUAUUGGAGAGUUGGUCCCAGGAUACCCUCUCCUUCCUUUCCUCUGCCCUAAUAACUGCCAAUAAGUACAAUUGUUAGUAAGAAUUGUUCAAUUUCUGAGACAUGUAAACAAGACUGAUAUUUUGGUGUGUUGAGAUGAUUUUGUUUUGACACACCACAGAUAUUUUGUUAAAUUAAAUUCCUUUUGCUAAUCACCAUAAUAUUCCUAUGUAUACUGUAGUUAUCCAACUUGUCUGGCAGACCUCCUUUCUUCUUGGCUACAAGGGGUUUCACACUGCUAAAUAAAAUUGUCUCAUUAUAGCCAAAUAAAAUAGUAAAAGUGAUGUCCAGUAGUCAAGGGGUUAUGUGUUGGUGUUUAUACCAUCCAGAUCUCCUUUACCCUUCAAGAUUAAAGACAUUACUGUACUGUAUACAACUUGAAUAGAACAAGAAAAAGUAAACAUACAAACACCUUAAAAGUAUUGACUAAAAGUCAGAUAUAGACACAUUAAAUUAGUUUAUUUUAAUGCAGUAAAUAAUUUGAACAUAUUAACAUACACUGAUGCAAACAAUUUCUAAAUAUUCAGAAUGAAUUCGUGGAAUUUCAGCAGUUGUUCUGGGAUGUAGUUAUAUUAUCAGUUCCUAAGACUGUUUUAUCAGCCAAACUUACUGGUAACAUUGAUGGUGGACAGUGUACAGUACAGCAUUGUUUGUGUUAUAAUCACUCUACACUCUCAAUUUCAUCAUUAUGACAAACUUUCGAAUGAGAUAUUAAAAGUGAGGACUGUACAUGGUGUAUAUCAGUUGUCUCUAUACUGCACCAAAUAUCCUUUUUCUGUGAAGCCCAUCAUUUGAGAUCUUUGAUCCUUGUGUGAUUGGAUGAAUGACAUUGCAUAAUGCAGAUACCCUGAUUGACCUUUCUAGAAGGAUCAGAAGGUCAUGGUGAGACAAGAUGACCUGAUUUUACAUGGCCACAUAUUUACAGUCAUUUUGAGGUACUGUAUGUCAAUGACUGUUGUUUGCUAACUUUGGUGUCCUGCAUUGAGUUUACUUUGAGCUUUGUUCUCUAAUCUCUAGCUUCCUCAAGAACCAAUCCAUGGCAGUUGUUGUUGAGGGAUUGAUCUCGCUCUCUUUCUCUACCAAUAGUGGUGUCCCACAGGGUUCUGUUCUUUCACCUAC